AUGCAAAACACCAACAGUCCGGACAAUGCAGCCCCACCAGCAUACACUGCCGAAAACACAAACAAUGGGGACGACGAAACUGCUAAUUUAACGGCGGCAUUUGACAAUCUCCGCUUGUCCAUUGACCCCGGCAACCCCGAGGUCGACACAUGCCUCGCCCAUCUCAAGUUGCUAUUUGCCUUUCAAUGGAUGAAGGAGGAUGUUGGGUUCACCGAUGGGCUCUGGGGUCUGGAUGACGAUCUUGCAGGCCCCAUCGACCCCAUCUUGAAGAAGCGGCCCGAGAAGAGAGCCGAGAAGGGGGCCGGAAACGAUACUGAGACGGCCCAGCGGGCGCCAAGCGUACAGGAAAAGAUGCGGAACAAGAACCUCGAAACCCUCAGCGAGAUUCGCGAAAAACGCUGGGCUUUGUUUGUCGCCAGAGCCGUGGACCGGUACGAGGCCUGGUGGCAAGCCAUGACCAAAACAACGGGUGCACACCCGCUGACCGAGGACGCCAUGACCGUCUCCGGCUCCCCUUCGUACUCCGGCUUCACUUGGAACCUCGGCGGAUCCAUGCACUGGGAUGAGGGCAUGCUGCCACCGCUUGACGUCCUCAUGGUUUGGCAUACCCACAUGCUGAACCCCCGCGCGUUCCUCGAGGACUGCAUGCUGGCCGGCAUGGCCCCCUUCUGGGCCACCGGGAUGCCGUGGCACGUCGUUGACAAGGCCAUCGACACCCAGUUCAAUUAUAACGUCUCGGACGAGUGCAAGCGCCGCUGGAGUAAGGAUACCGGUCGUGCUUGGGACAACGCCGAGGACCCCAUGUUCAAGACGAUCGACUGUCCCCGGUGUGGCACGCAAGCAAAAGUCCCCUGGACCACGUGCGUGGAAAAAUACCGAGCCGGUCUGGAAGACCGUUCCGGCGACGGCUACGGUGACGCCAAGUUUCGAUACUGGUGUCGCGUCUGCGACACCUACAUUCGCAAAGAGCUCCUCGCCGUCGCCAAGUUCAUCCGAGACUACAAAGCACUCACUGGACCCAACCGCCGUCCCAUGCCGGGAACACUGCUCGAUCCCAAGUCGGGUAUUCCCACCCUGACAACGGAGCUAGCUCCGGGCGCUAAACCGAAAUCAACCCUGCCAGCCCUAACGUUCCCCAACCGGCUGCUCAAGACUUGGUGUCCGAAGGGGCGUUUUGAUAUCAAGUGUCUCACCGACUUUGCCAAGUUUGGCAACCUGGGCCCCACGAUGCACGAUGCUCGCAAGGCCAUCGAGGAAGUGCUGAGGACAGAAGAUAACAUCAAGCGGAUCGACGACGUUACCUCGUCGGGCAUCUACAAGCUGCCUAGCGUAUCGCGGAUUGCCAUCCGAAAGAUGAUGUCACGGUACUGGGAGAACUUUAGCAUCUUCGCCCUCGACCUAGGCGGCGCCGUCAUGCGCCAGGGCCUCUUUGGCGAGAAGAUGUGCAAGCUGGACUGGCUGCACAGCCCCUCGGUCCACAGCACCAUGACCCGCCUGCUGACCAAAUACGAACGCUUCCUAACCAUCAUGAGCAGGAACCCGCAGUGCCUCACGGUGCCUACGCUGGACGUUGAUCUCGCCUGGCACACCCACCAGCUUAGCCCGGUCAUCUACUACCGGUACACGGUGAAUCUAGCGGAGCGCUUCAUCGACCACGACGACAAGAUCGCCGAGCACACGCUGAGCAAGCAGUUUGAGUGGACUAGCAAGAUGUAUCAAACCAUGUACGGCGAGGUGUACAGCGAGUGCACCUGCUGGUACUGCGAGUACCCACCCUCCACCUCGGCGCACAUCUCGGCCCACCCAGCCGUCCUCCCCCACCCCGAAAACCCGCGCAGCUCCGUCGCCUACCUGACCACCCGCCUCGCCGACUCCCACAACCGCCGCCUCGGCAUCGCCUACGCCCGCGCCUGCGCCCGCGCCGCCAAAAAAGGCCGGCCCAUCCCCCAGCGCUUCGGCAGCAACAGCAACGGCAACGGCGACGGUAAGAAUGCUAGCAAGGAGAAGGAUGACAAGAAAAAGGGAGCGGCCGCGGAGGGCGAGGUGUACUACGACCAUUGGGGGUAUCCGUACAUGUAUGCUGGGCCGUAUGCCUACCCGCUGUGGUGGACGCCGGGCAUGUAUUAUGGCUGGUAUCCCGGCUAUGUGGUGGCCUGCGCGGCGGGGUCGGAUGCGGCGGUGCUGGUGCGGGAGGGACCGGGGUUAGUGGAGGGUGUGGAGGCGGUGGUGAUGGUGGAGGCGGUUGCGGAGGCGGUGGUUGUGGUGGUGGUGGUGGCUGUGGCGGUUAGUGCCCCGUCUUUGGAUACACCAAAUGCAAAGUUUUGGACGUUCAUGUGGCAGACCGUCAAGCAAAUCCCGGCAGCAAAUGGCGCACGCCUUCUGCGCGAGCGCGUCGGGAGGGCGGCGGGAAGCCACCCGCUGCGGAAACCCGACCGAGUCCCCAAGGUGGCGCCAAUACCAAUCUGCCGGGACCGGUAUAUCCACGAUUCAGGGCUAAUAACAUUAACUUGUAUCAGCGAACCGGAACGGCCAUGGCUUGUCCACUUCCACUCCAGUGGCUCACGAGAACCACAAUCGCUUCACCCAUUCUUCGCCGACAUCACCCCGGAAAGCUCGGUUUACAUACCGACUGCGAGCCUUGACGUCGCCGUAUUCGAAUCCCCGAACGUCUCUGUCAACUCCAGCUGGGAGUCCAACCUGGACCAGCCCUUCUCCAUUCGUCGAUAUUUGGGCAACCACGAGCGCCAUGAAAUGAUACUGCUGUCGCUCUCGGUCGCUUCCCAACGCCCUGUGUCGUCCUUUCCCGAUGCUUUGAACACUUCGCCGUCCGACGAGCCUAGAGGAGUAGGAAAACAGUCCGACGCUCUUGGGUUUGAAAAGGGGACCGAGCCUACUCCCAAUGAUGGCCCAUUGUACCGUUACAUAACAGAUGUCCAGCCCCACGAGCUGCUCUCCCUGGCUCUCGAACAGAAGGGCCACCCACCAACUCAAGCUCAAAGUCCACAGCAAGACACCCAGAAGACGGAGUCUUCUAUCUCGCUGUCUGCGACCUUGAAUGUAGGAGAACGGCUCGAACCAGAUGACGACGUCGCCCUGGCUGCCGAGGUAGCGCGCAGGUGGUAA